AUGUCUUCGCCCAGCAAUAGUCCGUCGAAGAAGCCCAAGACAGUGACCAACGACGAGUUCAUGGCUCUCCUUCGACUUCCAAACUCGAGUGACUCCAAGCCCUCGGGACCGCCCAAGUUCCCGCCUUUGACGCUCACCACCCCGGACAUGGUCGCUAAGCAUACACCAUGCACAAUGCAUCUUUCUGUGUUACCUCCGGAGCUCGCAUGUCGAUUGUUCUACAGUAUGAUCGAAGAAAGCGAGUCAUGGCAGCGCAACAAGUGGUGGCUGUUUGACCGCGUCGUAGAAAGUCCACAUCGAACGUCCUUCUACAUCAAGCAAAUUUCUGAGGAUGACGACGGCGGCAUGCGCGGGGCCGCGCAAUAUUGCGGUGACAGGUACAACGGUCGGCAAACAGACCUACCUACGUCCUUCCCAGAGGCAAUGGCCGAGGCUUGUGAGUACGUCGAGCGUAUCGUGAAUGCAGAGAUGCGCAAGAGGCCGCGCUUCCCGCUGGAAUGGGGUGGCGAGCCAGCGCCUGGCGCGUCCCCUGGAGAGGCUGACGAUCUCGUCGUGUGGCGUGCAAAUGUAGCUGCAUCGAAUCGCUAUGAGGGCUCUCAAGAGAGUGUAGGCUUUCAUACAGAUCAGCUGACUAACAUCGGACCGUUUGCGACCAUCGCCAGCUUGAGUCUUGGUAGAGCCUCAAGUUGCAGACCCAGUGUACUACGCGGACGUUUCGAAUGCGAGAGGUUAUCCCUACGGAUGAGAAGAACAAGCGCAGUGCAAGGACAUAUAAUGUCCCACUUGCACAUAACUCGGCAAGUGCUCUGCAUUAUGCACGCGUCUUGUCAAGAGACUUUCAAACACUGCAUCCCACCUCAACGCGUGAUCGACCCAUUCCGGCCCUCUCAUCCACCUCCGGGCUUGGCACCCGAAGAACCCAUUCCGACCUUCAACACCCGCAUCAACAUCACUUUUAGAUUUUGCCGCCCCGACUUCCACUCGUCCACGACUCCCAAAUGCAAGUGUGGCGUGCCGUGUAUCCUGCGACCUGAUAUGAAAAAUCGGUAUGCUCUGCCCGAUGCGCAAGACAGCGAGAAGCCGCCUGGAGAGAAUCAUGAGGAAGAAAGGAUCAACAGUGGUAUCGUGACCAAGUAUUGGUGGACGUGCUACGCUGGGGCGCAAAACGAGGGGAAGGGGUGCAACUUCUGGAAGGUCAUGGACGUGAAAGCAGAGGGCAGAGGGCCUUUUGCAGAGGAGGUGGUUUAGAUAAUUCGGAGACUUAUUCAAUGCUAUAACUAAUUAUCGCCGUUGUAUCAUGCCGUUAUAGCCAGCGGUGUGGGCUACGCGGCUGCGCGCCUACCGAGCCAGCAUAUAUCUUGAUCGAUCGGCAGU